AGAAGGAGGAGGAGGAACAAGAAAGAUGUGUGUUUUAAAAGGGUGUGUUACUCCUGUGGAAGUGUUUGAGGCAGCCACGGGACACUUCUUUCUUUCUUUCUUUCUUUCUCAUGUUGUGAGCUGCUGAGACUCAGACGAGACCUGUGGGGAGAUGCAGAGCAGCAGCACCAGCAGUGGGACUGACUUUCAGCCCCUGAAGGAAAGGUGGACGGCCUUGUUGGAACACUUCAAAGAUGACCCCAGGGUAGCACGGCUGAUGAACACAAGAAUUGGACAGUACCUCAGCAACCACUCGUUUGUAGCUCUCUCAGUUUUAAUGUUCAGUGCCAUGGCUGCAGUGCCUGUUGGACUCUUUCUCACUUUUGCUGUUGUGACCACGAUGAUGUCGGCUGUGGGUUUUGUUUUCUUUGAGGCGUUCCUGCUGUUUGUCGGAGGUUUGGCUCUGCUCUGGGUGCUCUCUGGCAUCGCCCUCUUUGCCAUCGUGGCUUCAGCCAUCGUUAAUUUUAUGUAUAUCACCAUCUUCGGCCUGUUGAACCGUUAUUACCCACAUCUGACAAAGGAAGGUGUAAUCGAGGGAGAGGAGAGCGAAUGUGAAACCUCAAAAGAGAAGGACUUGAAGGACGAGUAGUGCGUGUCUUCUUCUUCUGUCUGGCUGAAGUUUAGAGUCAGCGCUGCCUGAAGCUGGGUGGCUGCGAUGCAGUGAUAAAGACUCCUGGAUGUGUUUUGUUUGAAAUCUGUUGUAGCAGAUCUCAUGGUUACUGUAAGCUUAAUAUUUUUGUUUCAACAGUCUCAUUGUAGUGGAAUAAGAGAGAAACUCAUUUAAUAACUAAUCUGGAACCUACCUCAUUUACUAAGUCAAAAAGCCUUAUUUUAAUCAAAUAUUCAAGAUGGACUCAAUUUUUCGAUCUGAAGAGUGAAGCUGAUGAGGAGGUGCUUUAAACAUGCACUCUUUCUAAUGGCCACACUGUCUCAUGGUACAACAUUAUUUAUCAAAAAGCAGAGCAAAGCUGAGUAUUCAGGGCGGGACUGCUUUGUGAUUGACAGCUCGCUCACCUAUGAGGUACGUAUCCCUCAGUUUUUCAGUCAGAUCCGUCCCUUAAUUGUAACGUCCAGUUUAUUAAAAACACUCAGAAAACAUUCAGCCUUCUCAGCAGGACCCACCAACCAGUGAGGGAGGCUUUAUGGGAGGCUCACUUCAAGAACCAGAAAGGAGGAACUUAUGCACUCACAGAGUACUUUAUCCCCCAAAAAAGGUUAUGCACUACUUUAUUAUAAAUUGCCAUUAUGUUUUGUUUUGUUUUUUUAAGUGUACAGCUGUUUAAUGUUCACUUUGCUGUUACAUGUGAAGGGGAAAGCUCCCCAAAAAGUAUCGAGUAUGAUGAAAAUUGUUGUACAGAAUACACAGUUUGAUUAUUUACUGUAUACAGUAAUUUAUCAGUGUAGUAUCAAUCCUAAUGAGAACCAUGCUCCAUGACCUGAGAAGCAGAUUAUCUAUACUCCAUACUGUGGGACUGAGUGGACAGAAAUAAACAUUGUUGGAGUAAA